AUGCCGACCCUUGCAUUGAUUAAUUUCAACAUUGUCUGUGCGACACUUGGAGGUUUUGUCUCUCUUUUCGGGCUGGUCUCUUACCUCUGCAAAGAGCGAUUUUACCUUUCCGAGGCAUGUAAUGAUAUCGUUGCUUGCUGGGGUUGCUUUCUCGCCCAUGGAGCUAAUUUUAUUAGACCCGAUGAUUAUGCUCUGCAUUCGCAAUCGAAUCUGGACGCUAUCACCUUGCAUUUUACCCGCUUGGUUCUUGGCGUACAAUUGGUCUUAGCUGGUAUACAGUUGCCUAAACGCUACCUUCAGAUCGAAUGGCGGAGCCUUUCACUCUUGCUGGGCCCAGGUAUGGUCGCUAUGUGGAUGUGCAGCAGUCUGAUCGUUUGGGCUAUGAUACCGAAGUUCAAGUUCCUCCAUGCCUUGAUUGUCGGCGCGUGUGUGACGCCUACAGACCCCGUCUUGUCCAACUCUAUUGUCAAAGGUAAAUUUGCCGAUAAGCAUGUUCCGCGUCCUCUCCAGCGAAUCAUUGUGGCCGAGUCUGGCGCCAACGAUGGUCUUGGCUAUCCGUUUCUGUUCUUUGGCAUUUACCUGCUAAAGUAUCUGGGCAUGGGUGGCGAGGGAUAUAGUGGUAGCGCAGGAAAGGCCAUGGGGUUGUGGGCAUAUGAGACCUGGGUGUAUACUAUCAUCCUAAGUGUUGUUUACGGCAUCUUCACUGGCUGGCUUUCAAGGAAGCUGCUUCACUGGGCCGAGGAAAAGCGUUACGUUGACCGUGAGAGUUUUUUGGUUUUUGCAAUUGCGCUUGCUCUCUUCAUUGUGGGAACUUGCGGACUCAUUGGAACUGACGACCUCCUUGCAUGCUUCGUUGCCGGUAAUGUUUUCACGCAGGAUGACUGGUUCCGGCUUGAGACCCUAGACGACUCUCUCCAACCUACUAUCGAUAUGUUACUCAAUUUAGCUGUCUUUAUGUGGUUUGGGGCAGUUUGCCCUUGGUCAUCGUUCUUGGAUAACAACAUAAUCCCCCUUUACCGCCUGAUAUUCCUGGGAGUUCUUAUUCUCAUCUUUCGUCGGUUGCCGAUAGUACUUGCCAUGCACAAGUACAUUCACCAGAUUGAGCACUUCCGACAGGCUUGUUUUGUUGGGUUCUUUGGCCCAAUUGGCGUCGGAGCAAUUUUCUAUCUUUCGAUUAGUCGGGAGUUCCUUUUCGAGAUCACAGUGGAUGGGAAAGUCAGAGCGGAUGCUCAAGAAGUUGCCGACGCUGUCAACCUUGUGGUAUGGUUCCUGGUCAUCUGCAGCAUUGUUGUGCAUGGAUUGUCUGUCCCUAUUGGAAAAGCCGGCUAUCAUCUGCCACGAACCAUCUCGAGUGCCAUCAGCACCAGCAUCGAUGAGCCCGAGCCAGUGCCUCUUUCCAAUUCGCGCCAUACCCACAGCACUGCUGUACCUUUACCCAGAACUAGCUUUCGAACCCGCAAGCGUGGCGCGCGCUCACCCCCGCCAAAUCCAACGCCGUUCCGUAUUGGCCGCUCUGUCAUUCCUCCCACAAACGAGCAGCAGCUCGGUUCUGGACACACCGAUGAGCCGGAGCGGCUCGUCAAUCUAGUUCUUCAUGACCCGCCGGCUCUUUCAAGCGAAGAGCUCAGGACUCCUGAUGCCCAUGAGGCUAGUCCUUCCUGA